AUGAGUGAUUAAAUUGCAAAACCAAUGAAAAAAUAUUCAGAGAAAAUAAAUAAAUUAUAUCUACCAUCUGUUUAACCUAUCGUUAUUGAUAAUGGGGAAAUCAAUAAGACAGUUUUAUUGAAUAGAGCCAAUAGAUGUAAGUCUUAACAGAUAAUCUCAAAAUAAAAUCAAAUGCAGACUAAUUAAUCUUAGGAUAACAUUACUAUGAACUAUCAGGUUGCUUAAGCUAAUCAGUCGAAAGAUAAUUGCUCUAUAAGUGCAUAGAGUUAACUUAAUAAAACCUCAGAUUAAAGUGAAUUAAAUGCUUUAGAGAUUGUCAAUAUAAAUUAAUUAAUCAAAUAAAAGAAGAAAGAGAUUGCCAGAUAAAAUAAAUAUUAUCUAAAAUAAAUCAAGAAUUACGAAAUGAAAGCAAAACUUAGAGACCAAUCUAGCAAAGAUCGAAAAUCAACUGACAAAUCUGAAGAGUUAUACGAGAAAUGUUGGGAUGAAACAAUCAAAGAAAUUAAUAAAGAGAUAUAAGAAAAUCAAUUGAUAGUCUGUGAUACAAUUCAUUAACCGAGGGAUAAAAAGAGACGCAGACCAAAACCAUUGAAAAGCCAAAUUUUCACUAAAAUAAGAGAGCAAGAAGAUUGGUUUUUUAGAUAACGUUCUGAUUCUAUAUUGAAAAAAAUGAAAUAAAAGUCACUUCAUCUUGUGGGCGAAGUAACCGAAUAGAUUCAACAAGCUUAAAGGAUUUAAAAGGAGCAGUAAUAUUAAAGAUCGAAAGAAAGAGAAAAUGGAAAGCAAGAAAUAAUAAAGUCUUUGAGGUUUAAGGAGCAAGAGAGAUUAGUAAAAUUACUCUAAUCAAAACCAUCUAACAGACAUGUGUAAUUAGCAUUUAAAAAAAGCGAGGAAUUAGAGGAUCAAUUAAGUUCUUUUAAAAAAAAUAAAAAGAAAAGAUCAUUGAGUUUGAAUAGUUGUCUGCCAUCGAUUGAUAAGCCAUAAGAAGUGGAAAUAAAUUCUGUAAAAUAAUAAGAGAAGAUUCUGAUUCUUAAGAAGAUAUAGGAGAGCAGUAAUUUACUAAAUCGGAAUUUACUUAAGAAACCAAGAAAUUUCUCGUAAUAGUCUUAUCAAGAUUUAAACUCUAUAAUUAAAUGUUAAUGA